UCAAACAGCUGCAGGUUGAAUAUGAUUCAGUUCUGCUCGGAUAUCUUCCAAACACUAAUUCUUAUUCGUUGGAUAUCAAUCAUCAGGAGCUGCAGAAAACUGCUCUUUCUCUUGUUGAGCUUCAGCAGGAGCAGUAUACAAGUGUAGGAGUUGUAACUUCACAAGCUUUAGCAAAACAGAUGCAGUUGCAUACCAGCCAUCCAACCAAACUAUACAAUCAUAAUUCUACCCAUACCUACCCUAACAAAACCAUUGACUCUGAAAAGUUGGCUUCCUGGGCCCUGAAGAGAACAGUUGUUCCGGCGUCAUGGCUCAAUUUACCAAGCAGAAAAAGUCAUGUUCUCAAAAGGGUGUUGGAAGGAGGAUCAGGAAAUGUCCUAUUACUGUUUGGUCCAAGGAUUAAACUGGGGAAAGAUUCUCUUUACAAACUUCUUCGCCAGGUUGCUAUUGAGUAUCAGAACUGUGAUGAAACCAAAUCCUCAGAUAGUUUAGUUGACCGCUUAAAGCAACCAGGACAGACUGAUAGUUGCAAGGAUAGCUUUAAAUUAAGCAGCUCUAGCUCAAGCUUCUGUCAGCUUCGUAGCUGGAGCUACGACUCAUUGGAGGAUGCCUUCCCUGCCUGUACCCUGCCAUCUAGUGCCUCAAACUCAACUACGUGCUUAAACAGGUUUCGCAUGCGCAGUAGCCUUCAAGGAUAUGACCCACAUGUUCAGCUGAUGCUGGAGGAAAAUGCCUCGGAGAAGAGAAAGGUUAAAAUGUUGGUGGAAGAGAUGCAUAUUGGGGGGUUGAUGGAGGAUGGUGAAGAAGCUUUAGAUGUGUUUGGACUUGGUUGUAGAUCUAAUAAAACUCUGAGGAUGUACCGGGUGGAUUCUUCUUCCUCUUUAUCUCUGCUCAACUCCCUGGGUCUUGAAGGUCAAUCCCUUCCCUUUCCGGUCAUCCUUAAUCUUGCAGAGGAAUCAUUACACCUUCCAUCCGCCAACUUCAGGAUGCAGCAUGCUGAGGAAGAUUUGAAAAGGUUUCUUGUUUCCUGGCAUACUGGAGAGCUAGCUGGUAAACCCGGAUUCCGUAGUACAGACCAUGGAUCAAAUGUUAGGUUUGAACCCAAUUCUGAGACUGACAAUUCUGAUACUGUAUCUGUGAUAACUGAAUUAAGUGCAAGUAAAUUUUCCAGUGAUAUAAUCCCGCACAAAGAUGUAGUUCUCUUCUAUACUUCUAGUUUUUGUACAUUUUGUUCCGCUGCUGCUUAUGCAUUUCAUACAGUCAAGAUGUAUUUAGACUCUGUGCCAACAAUCAGGUUUCUUAUGAUUGAUGCUACAAAGAAUGAUUUGAGUUGGGAGUUUACAGCCUUAAGUUACCCCUCAGUAAUAUUCUUUCCAAGAAACAGGCAUGACAUGAGUCGAGUAUACCCUACUGAAGAAAACCUAAAUGUUAUAAAUCUGCUGAGUUUUGUUGUCUGGAACCUGACCCCGUCUGACCGGCUUCAGCUAGCUCUUAACCACUGUGAUUAUACUUGCAGACAACAAGUCAGAUUAGCUGCUAGUCUGAGGGUGAACCAGUUAUCUAGUGAGCUUAGACGGAACGGAUCUAAGGUUCCUUUAAACUCUAAACUUCAAAUUUCUAGGAGAUUAAAGUAUGCAAAGAGUGUGCUUUAUGUACUCUCUACAUUGGAGAACGCUACAGUACAACCACAGAUGCACAACAGAUAUUUUACAGCCAUCAUGGAACGUAUGCUGUCUGGAAACCCGUGAUUCAUGAUUAUCUUCUAGAUGUAUAUUUAUUAAUUAUCUAAUCCUGCAACUGUGAAAUUGAUAAAUUUUUACACGAAUAAAUUUAAAUGUCGUCUUCUAAAACUCGUAUAUACAAGAUUUCAGGGGUAAAAUUACUCCCUAAGAAAAUAUUCUUGUAUUUUUCGAUAUUUUAUUUUUAUAAUUGCGAGUUACAAAAGUAUUUACCUAGUACACAAAAAUAGAAAAUUUUAAGUUGUGAGGAAUUAAUUUGAUAUGUCCUUCCUCCCUGGUUAAAAAACCGGGUCCCUAUAUCCCGCCCGAAAUCCAAGAUGGCGGCGGCGUCGCUGUAGAUUUCUCUUUGAAUUCUCAAAAAUAUAGAUAAUUUCGCAGUUAUGCUUAAAUUACGUUCAUCUGAAAGGUUUUUGGAAGGCUUUUACUUGUUCAAAAAGUGUUAUUUUCGAAUUAAACAAGAACAAUACAUAAUUUGAGGCAUUUUCAGCCGAAACGAACUUUUUAAAUUUUAAGUGUUAAAAUCAACCUCCAAUAUACCUCUUAAUAGUGAAUUACUGUGAUAGUGAAAGUAUGAUUAUUCUCAAAAACUUCUCCAAAUUCAACUUUUAUCAUAUUUAUUUGGUUUGAGCUUCGUCGUUACGUUAUUGAUCUUUUUCAGA